CUCUCCCUCUAGUCUUCUUCCACGAUGCGCGAGAUUUUACAUCUGCAGACGGGCCAGUGUGGCAACCAGAUCGGCACCAAGUUCUGGGAGACCAUCACCGAGGAGCACGGCAUUGAUGGCGAGGGCCAGUACGUUGGCGACAACCCCCUUCAGCAAGAGCGCCUCAACGUAUACUUCAACGAGGCCGGCUCCGGCAAGUACGUCCCUCGCGCGGUCCUCGUCGACCUCGAGCCGGGCACGAUGGACGUCAUCCGUGGUGGACCUCUCGGCAGCCUCUUCCGUCCCGACAACAUCGUCUUUGGUCAGUCGGGCGCGGGCAACAACUGGGCCAAGGGCCACUACACCGAGGGCGCCGAGCUCGUCGACUCGGUCCUCGACGUCGUCCGCAAGGAGGCCGAGGCGUGCGACGCCCUCCAGGGCUUCCAGCUCACGCACUCGCUCGGCGGCGGCACGGGUUCGGGCAUGGGCACCCUCCUCAUCUCCAAGAUCCGCGAGGAGUUCCCCGACCGCAUGAUGGCCACGUUCUCGGUCGUCCCGUCGCCCAAGGUGUCGGACACGGUCGUCGAGCCGUACAACGCCACCCUGUCGGUCCACCAGCUCGUCGAGAACUCGGACGAGACGUUCUGCAUCGACAACGAGGCCCUGUACGACAUCUGCUUCCGGACACUCAAGCUCACGUCGCCCACCCACGGCGACCUCAACCAGCUCGUCUCGGUCGUCAUGAGCGGCAUCACGACCUCGCUGCGUUUCCCCGGCCAGCUCAACUCGGACCUGAGGAAGCUCGCCGUCAACAUGGUGCCGUUCCCGCGCCUGCACUUCUUCAUGGUCGGCUUUGCGCCCCUCACGGCCAAGGGCUCGCAGUCGUUCCGCGCCGUCACGGUCCCCGAGCUCGCGCAGCAGAUGUUCGACGCCAAGAACAUGAUGGCCGCGAGCGACCCGAGGAUGGGCCGCUACCUGACGGUCGCCGCCCUGUGGCGCGGCAAGGUCUCGCUCCGCGACAUCGACGACACGAUGCUCGCCGUCCAGCAGAAGAACGCCGACCACUUCGUCGAGUGGAUCCCGAACAACGUCCAGACCGCUCACUGCGAGAUCCCGCCCAAGGGCCUCAAGAUGGCCGUCACGUUCAUCGGCAACUCGACCUCGAUCCAGACGCUCUUCCAGCGCAUCAACACCCAGUUCUCGAGCAUGUUCCGCCGCCGCGCCUUCUUGCACUGGUACACGGGCGAGGGCAUGGACGAGAUGGAGUUCACCGAGGCAGAGAGCAACAUGCAGGACCUUGUCGCCGAGUACCAGCAGUACCAGGAGGCUGGCAUCGACGACGAGGAGGAGUACGUCGAGGAGGGCGGCGAGGAGUACGUCGAGGAGUAAGCUUAUUCACCUGCACUCGUCCAACCUCGUCGUCGUCGUGUCCCCCUCCCCGUCCGUUUGCCCCUUCGUCUUUUGUCGUCGCCCGCCCGCCCGGCCCCCUCGAGCGGUUGCGGCCCUUACCCCCCACCCACACUACUUCUGUCGUUCUUUCGUCACGUUCUCCGUCGGCUCUACCCCCCUGCCAAGUCAAAGGCUGGUUUCUCUCGUC